CAUGAGCUUCGCUUUGCUGUAUAUCUACUCUCCUCACCGGCUUAUUUUACAUUUCUGAUCAGGUGUUUCAAAAGCUGACAAGAUAUAUUAGGCCAAGAGUCAUCCGCCUUCUGUCUAUCUGAGAAUCUGCCAUAUCGAGGGCAAUCAUUCGAAGUGAGAAACGCAACAGCUGUGAUAUGGGGAACGUUUAGAGAUGGAGAAGCAGAUAAGUUGUGGUGAGGAGGACGGUUCUGGAGAGAGAGGACUUCUCCACACAUGGAGGGGAUAUUCUUACAGCACCACACCAGAGAGGGUGCUGCUCUCCCGGCCUGUGCUCCAGGCUGCCCUGGGAGCUACACAUGGCGUUCUACUAGUAGAGGGGGGACAAGUCUACAGCUUUGGCGAGCUGCUGUGGAAACAGAACCAAACACCAUCAGUAGUGACUGAGCCCAUUUUGGAGGCGGUUCUUAGCGAACAACGUGUUGUUUUUGUGGCUGCUGGCUCCGCCCACAGUGCAGUCGUGACAGAAGAUGGAGGAGUGCACAUGUGGGGAGAAAAUGCUCACGGCCAGUGUGGCCUAUCAGGACUCUCUGUUAUCCCUAACCCCACCCCUGUGGGUGUGCUUGACUCAGAGGCCACACCCCCUCAGACGGUGAAGAUCCUGGAGGUGGCAUGUGGGGAUCAGCACACUCUGGCUCUUUCAGCCAAGCAUGAAGUCUGGGCUUGGGGAAGCGGGUGCCAGCUGGGCCUGAACACUUCAACGUUUCCUGUCUGGAAGCCCCAGAAGGUAGAGCACCUUGCUGGAAGGCAUGUGUUGCAGGUGGCCUGUGGAGCUGCUCACAGCCUGGUUCUGGUGCGCUGUCUUCCCCAUCCACAAGAGCCUCGGAAACAAGACAAGUGUGGUCAGUGCAAUCAGCUGCUGUACAUUAUGACAGACAAAGAGGACCACGUUAUUAUCUCUGACGGCCAUCACUGUCUACUAGGUGUUGACCUGGACAGCGCUGAGGCCAAGUCUGCAUUAGAGGGCAGCCCAGAUCAGAGCUCAAGGGGUAAGCAAGGCAAGAGCUCUCCUACAGAACCUGGCCCAUCCAUGCCAGCUCAGAUCCCAAAAUUACCCGCCUCCAGCACCAACCCUGAAAUUGAAAGCACACCUGCCUCUGAAGCCCAAAAUCAGGUUCCUGCAUCUAGCCUAGGAUCUGUAGAACCAGCCAUAGAAGACUCAGCAGAGCCUGAAGCUCCAGCCACAAAUGGAGAGGUUUGUGUCGAAGCUUCAGAAACCAGCACCCUUGAGCCGGACGGCUGUAGAGCCACAGGGGGAAAGUCCUCCCCAUACCCCGAUGAGCAGGCAGUGAAGGCCUACCUUAAGAGACUUUCUGAUCAUGCCCUGGCAGAGCACACCACCAAGUCUCCCAGCACGCUUCAUUCUGCUCAGCUCUCCAGUGACCGUGCUGAUUGUUUCACCUCUGACCCCUUGAUCCCGGUCGCCCAGUCUGUGACUCCAAUGGGCUCCGCGUUGAACAACUUGGUGGUGUCCUGUGCCUCUGCAGUGGGGGAACGUGUCGUGUCCACAUAUGAAGCUCUCUCUCUGAGAAAAGUGAUUGGUUACUGGGUUCCAGGAGAGGGCCGUGAGCGAGUAGAGGAGAGACUCCGUCAGGAGGAGCCCAUGCAGGGAAAGAAAAGCUCCAGCCUGGGGGACAUCCGAGAGGAGGAGGCGGAGCUCAGCCGUCGCCUGUCCCUGCCUGGCCUGCUCUCUCAGGGUUUCCCAUAUAUUGCUGUUGCCAUGGUUACAGACAUUGCAGAGUUUGAGGUGAAGGAGUCGGCAUCCAGCACAACAACUGAAGUUUCUCCACGUCUUUUGCGGCGAACGAGUCGCCCCCGUGCACGGGCCAUCCCGCUCGCUCCAGGAGGCAUUCCUGAGGCCGAUGCCCACCUGCCUUCUUUGCAGACAGAAGUGUGGAGCUGGGGACGUGGCCAGGAAGGGCAACUUGGACAUGGAGACCUCCUUUCCAGACCGCAGCCCGCCUGUGUAAAGAGUCUGAAUGGUAAAGAGGUGUUGCGAGUAGCUGCAGGUGCUCAUCACUCUCUCGCCCUGACCGCCCAAUCACAGGUGUUCUCCUGGGGCUGCAACACUUCUGGACAGCUGGGACACAUGGAAUCCCCCACCACCCUUCCUCACUUAACCAAGCUGUCAGAUGGGAUUCGUGUGUGGGAUAUUGGGGCGGGGCAACAACACACUCUCUUAUUGGCUGAUGGAGAUUGUAUCCAACCAAUCCUGUACUACAGUGGGCAGCAGGUGAAAGAAGUGAUGGAGCAAACUGAGGAUGAGGAGCAGACAGGAGAGUACACACAGCAACCGGUGCUGCUGCCCUUUUGUAUGAAUUUGGGCUAUGUAAGCAGUGUGUGCGCAGGAGGACGGACAUGUGCGGCGCUGACGGAUCGCAAUGUAAUGGGUUUUAUUGCCAGUCUGCAUGAGCUGGCGGCCGCAGAGAGGAAAUAUUACUGUAAACUCAGCAAUAUCAAUAGUCUUCUGCUCCAGCCACUGCUCAAACUGGAUUCCCUAUGCUCCGCCCUCGGUCAGUCCUCUGCAGGGCUUCUGCAGAAUUUGAUUGGACGAUUGGGCCGGCUGUCUCAGCUCACGGGUCAAAACUCAGCCUCUCUAACCUCCUUCCUGCGGCGUUCGCGUGAUAUCCGAGGUCUUGUUAUUCUUGAUGAUGCACAUCUGUUCUUGGACACAUAUUCAGAGUACUGUUCAGCAGUUGGUGAUCUCUUAGUCAUGGGAGGAUUUCAAGCACUUGUCAAACCUUGUCACGAUGUCUUUGGCAAAGGGGCCGAGGUUGUUCAGAAGUUGUCUGAGUGUUCUGAAGAGGGUUUGCCCUUAGCAGAUGUUCUGGCGCAUCUCUUUUACCUGCCCAUAAAACACCUGCAUGAAUAUGGACGACUGCUGCUCAAACUGGCUACCUGCUACGAGGUGAGUUCUGUGGAUUAUCAGAAGCUGCAAGAUGCCUGCUCAAAAUAUGAAUCCAUGGCUCUUCAUCUGAAGAGGAGGAGGAAGGAAGCAGAGUACACGCUCCACUUCUGGAAGAGCUUUCCUGGAAAGAUGACCGACUCUCUUCGUAAACCGUCUCGGCGGCUGUUCUGUGAGAGCAGUAAUAAGGCUUUGACUCUUCAGAACGCAGGACGUUUUUCUGUCAACUGGUUCAUCCUUUUCAACGAUGCCCUUGUUCAUGCACAGGGCAUGGUCCCCUAUAAGAGUCUUUUUUCCACUCAUCACGUCUUCCCAUUGGCUACAUUGUGGGUGGAGCCUAUUUCUGAGGAGAACACAGGCCUAUAUGGUUUAAAAGUGACUUCACCUGAAGAGAGUUUCACUCUGCUGGCUUCGUCCCCAGCUGAGAAGGCAAAGUGGCUGCGUUCUAUAAACCAAGCAGUGGAGCAGGCACUUAGUGGACUGGGGCAUGAUGGGAUACCUCCUUCUACAGGAGUAACGCAGAGAGCAGAUCCGCCCAUUUCAAGGACAGCAUCAUACACAUUCUACAAAGACAGUCGCCUCAAGGAGGCCACGUAUGAGGGCCGAUGGGUCUCAGGGAAACCUCAUGGACGGGGUGUGGUCAAAUGGCCUGAUGGACGAAUGUAUACAGGGACAUUCAAGAACGGCCUUGAAGAUGGUUUUGGAGAUUACGUUGUUCCUAACAAAAACCUGGACAGCUGUGAUCAUUACCAAGGGCAGUGGAAGGAUGGCAAGAUGCAUGGCUUUGGAACAUUCAGAUAUGCCUCUGGUGAAAUAUACGAGGGCUCUUUUCAAGAUAACAUGCGUCAUGGUCACGGGAUGCUGCGUAGUGGGAAGCUGAACUCCACUUCCCCCAGUGUCUUCAUCGGCCAGUGGCAGUAUGACAAAAAAUCUGGCUAUGGAGUUUUUGAUGACAUCACCAGAGGGGAGAAGUACAUGGGCAUGUGGCUGGAUGAUCAGCGUCAGGGGAACGGAGUUGUUGUUACGCAGUUUGGCCUGUACUAUGAAGGUGCUUUCAACAACAACAAAAUGAUGGGAACGGGGGUGUUACUUUCUGAAGAUGACACUACAUUUGAAGGGGAGUUUUCAGAAGACUGGACCCUAAAUGGAAAGGGCGUGUUGACCAUGCCGAAUGGAGACUACAUUGAAGGCUCUUUUAGUGGGGUUUGGGGAACUGGACUAAAGAUGUCAGGUUCCUACUACAAACCCAGCCUCUACGACUCAGACAAGGAGAAGGCUCAUGCACUUAAACUGGGCAGGUUAGCAGUUCACUCCGAAGAAAAGUGGAAGGCUGUGUUUUUGGAGUGCUGGAACAGGCUAGGUUGUGAUUCUCCCGGACAGGGACAAACCACUACAGCGUGGGACAACAUCGCAAUAGCGCUCACUGCUAACAGGAGACAGCAGAGAGACAGUCCAGAGUUACUGAGUCGCUCUCAUCACAAAACGCUGGAGAGUCUCGAGUUCAUUCCUCAGCAUGUUGGUCCUGUGACGUUAGAGGUGUAUCACACAAUCCGUCGGUACCUUGUCAAGGCAUGUGAUACCCCACUGCAUCCUUUGGGUCGGCUGGUGGAGACAUUGGUUUCGGUGUACCGUAUGACGUAUGUUGGAGUUGGGGCCAACCGCAGAUUACUGCCCCAGGCUGUCAAUGAGAUCAAGUCCUAUCUCGGCCGCAUCUUCCAGCUUGUCAGAUUCCUCUUUCCUGAUCUGCCAGAGGAAGGAGGUUCACUGGCCGACCCCCCAAAAGAGAAAGGUGGUUCAGACCCUGCUGGGAAGCAGCUGGAGUCUCCUAAACCUGGGUGUGUGGUCAGCAGCUCUGCUCUCCUCCUGCCAGUGCUGUUGCCCCGGCUCUAUCCUCCUCUCUUCACUCUCUAUGCUCUUGAGAAAGAGAAGGAGGAUGAUGUGUACUGGGAGUGUGUGCUCCGACUCAACAAACAGCCAGACCUGGCGCUGCUGGCCUUCCUCGGGGUGCAACAGAAAUUCUGGCCUGUGACUGUUACAGUACAUGGAGAAAAACAACAGGUUCUUUCGAGCACUAAGGACGCUUGUUUUGCCUCAGCAGUUGAGACUUUACAGCAAAUAAGCACAACUUUCACCCCCUCAGACAAGCUUCAGGUCAUCCAACUGACCUUUGAGGAGAUAACCCAGGAAGUACUUGCACUUCUGAAACAGGAUUUCUUAUGGUCUAUGGAUGACCUGUUUCCUGUCUUCCUCUUUGUUGUUCUGCGUGCACGGAUAAGGAAUCUGGGGUCAGAGGUCAGCCUCAUCGAGGAUCUAAUGGAUCCGUGUGUACAACAUGGAGAGCAUGGCAUCAUGUUCACCACACUCAAGGCAUGCUACUAUCAAAUCCAGCAUGAGAAGAUCACGUAAUGAACACAUCUCUCCAAACCCAUCUGGUAAGGCAGUGGAAUGACUGACAAACAGACCAGCCAAUCAAAGUGUUCAAGACACAAAGUGGGAGGAGCCAGUCAUGUUCCAUGCCUGGAUCACAUGGCCGAGGAGGGUGAUUCCAUUGGAAUCUGAGCUCUCACGCUCAAACAGUCCAGUUUAUGUGCAAGUCCGUCUUUGGUUUUGCAUUUAUUAACAUUUAUUCUUUACAUUUUUUGUCUUCCUCACUCAAAGCCAUUAUUGAGGCUUUUUAACUGCGGCCAUUUCAUCAUGUUAAAGAUAUUUAUGUGCACCAGCUCAGUGUUCUUUUAUUAAAGAGCCCAUGGUUUGUUGGCUCAGAAUGAAUGACAUUCAAGAACAAGCAUGGCAUGAACACCUCUCCCUCCUAGCACACACUGGUCGAUCCAGUGUCAACUGUCCAUUGAUGACGUAUGAAGUUCAUAAGUGUACUGUAAGACAUCUGAAAUAAUGGUCAUCUACCUCUGUCUUUGAAGUAAACUACUACAUUAAUUUUCCUGAUCUUAUUAUAUCAUUCAGUGCAAACAGCAAACUGCCUUGGACCUAAAUCAUGAAUCUGUUCACAUAAAUCCAAAAAAGAUGUGCGCCUUAUUAAUGAAUGUCCAAGAGAAAAACACAAAAUGCAGACUUUAAUUUUAAUGCUGACUUCUGAUCCAUUUGGAGCUUUCAUAACCAACUGCGCAGGGGCGGUGACCUGCUUCUUUAUGUACAAAUCUUCGUUUACAAGCUCUUUGUACAGCCAAAUUGAACUUAGUAUUGAAAUGGUUGACACAUUUUUUGUUCUUUCUCUAUGCACUCGCACAGCAGUUUUGUUUUGAUGCACUCUUCUUUUUGGGAAGUAUUUUUGUGGUCAGUUUUCUGAAAAUCUUCAGGUCUUUAUUUCAGAAAACGGUUGGAAUAGUUUCAGCUUUCCUCUGCAUAUCUGAGUAUCCGUCGGCAAUGUUUUUUUAGUGAAUGUCACUGGCACACUGGAAGAAGACGUUGAAGAUCUUGCUCUUUGAUGGACCACAACACUCAAGAUUUGCAUGCUGAGCUCAUUCGGUCUUGAGAUGUAUUUUCUGCAUUUUGCUGUUGUUAAAUUAAGCAGUUAUUGCAGAAAGGUCACUUGACAUACGCAAGCACUGUAGUAUUCAAUGUUAAAAUCAGUUAUUUUUUGUGAAGUAUUCUGAAAAGUGCCUCUGACAGUGUUAUGAACUUGUGUCAUUACAUCUCUGUACCCAGCAAUAGCUUCGAGUUGAGUCUCACGUUUUAAAGCUAAACAGACGAAUACAUGAUUUCUUUUAUUGACAUUGUUUUAUUUAUCUGAUGGUUAGAUCUGGCUACAGCACAGAUAAUCUGAGCGAUGUAGAUAAUCUGCAGGGUAUUUCACGUUCAGAGCACCAGAAGGACGGUGGGUUUGAAUAAAUGGUCACAAAACCCAUCUCCAAGGAUCAGAGAUCAGGAUUUUGAUGCUUGCGUGUGAUUGUAUGUUACUAAACGUAAUCGUGAAAACUGUAAUGACGAAAGACUGUUGAUGUUUACAACCAUUAACACUUGAGAUGUUGCAUGAAUUCCAUGGUUCAUGUUGUACUUUGGGUUCAGGAAGGUAAGGUUUGUACUUCCACAUCAGUUUUUCUAUGCUGAGCCAAGGUGUGCGUAUUAACCUGUGUAUGAAUGUAUGUGUGUGCAAGUAUGUAUGAAGUUUCUGUGUCGUUUUUGAAGAAUACUGUUUGUUCCAAUUGUUCACCGACUCAUAAUUCAGAUGGAUGGCAAUAAAACAAUGAUUGGGAAUUGA